AGUUCAUGUAGCAUUGAAUAAAUGGAGAAAGCCGGAGCGCGAAGAACAACAUGCUCCAGAAUGGAAAUCUCCAGAAUGGGUUCUAUUUGAUAUUUGAGAGUCUGCUGUGUUACCAGGUGAAAACCUCUCUUUAAGGUGACCCAGCAUCCUGUAAAACGAUUUUCCCAUCAUGUCUCUGUCGGUGAUAAUAAAGUGGGGAGGACAGGAGUACUCCAUCAGCGCUUUGUCCGAAGACGACACUGUGCUGGACCUGAAACAGUCCAUUAAAUCUCUCACUGGAGUCCUGCCCGAACGGCAGAAACUGCUGGGCCUGAAGAUCAGAGGGAAACCUGCUGAAGAUGGUACGAAGCUCGGCCUGCUGAAGCUUAAACCCAACACCAAGAUCAUGAUGAUGGGCAGCAGAGAGGAAAGUCUGGAAGAUGUCCUGGCCCCUCCCCCUGAAUGUGAUGAUGUCAUUAACGACUUUGAUAUUGAAGAGGAAGUGAUCGAGGUGGAAAACAGAGAGGAGAACCUGGCUAAGAUCGCACGCCGCGUCAAAGAGUACAAAGUGGAGGAGUUAAACCCGCCCAGAGAGGGGAAGAGGUUACUCGUAUUAGACGUCGAUUACACGCUGUUCGAUCAUAAGUCGUGUGCAGAGACGGGGCAGGAGCUCAUGAGGCCGUUCCUGCACGAGUUCCUCACGUCUGCGUACGAGGAUUACGACAUUGUCAUCUGGUCUGCAACAAGCAUGAAGUGGAUUGACGCCAAAAUGAAAGAGCUGGGUGUGUCCGAUAAUCCUAACUACAAGAUCACAUUCAUGCUGGACAGUGGAGCCAUGAUCACAGUUCACACACCUAAGAGAGGCGUAGUGGAGGUGAAGCCGCUCGGAGUGAUCUGGGGAAAGUACAGCGAGUUUUACAACAGAAAGAACACCAUCAUGUUCGACGACAUCGGAAGGAACUUUCUCAUGAAUCCACAAAAUGGACUGAAGAUUAGACCGUUUAUGAAGGCUCACUUAAACCGUGAGAAAGACAAGGAGCUUCUCAAACUGUCUCAAUAUCUGAAGGAAAUCGCCAAGCUGGACGACUUUUCAGGUCUCAACCACAAGCACUGGGAACGGUACCUCUCAAAGAAGCAGAGCCAAUGAAUCAGCUGGAGCAUUUAUCCUCAAGAACAAGUGAUGCUAAAUACCUCCCCUUUCUCUUCCUCUCUGUCUCUCUCCCCCUCUCUCUCCCUCUACACUCUCUCCGUCUUGGAAAGGAAAAAGACCUGAAACACUCACCUGUACAGUUCCCCUGUGUGCUGAAUAAAUAAGCAGCGAGUGUAGCGCAAGCAGAGCCAUCUUCCCUUCUUCAUCCUCUGAUCUGAUGUUUUCACUGAAAACAAACUGUUCCGUUGUUAAUAAUAAUAAUAAUAAUAACGUCCUGCUUGAUACCAGUAGAAUUUCAGCCACAAAUCUUCUUCACACCUCCUUACAAUAUCUGAAGCAGGUUUUUCUCUUCAGCUUCCACUCUGCAGGAGAAACUGAAGAUUUGUGUGUGCUGAAGAUUGCACACAGUGUAGGGCUUGUGUGUGUGGAAGUCUGGGAAAAGCUUCACAUGCCAUCAUGUGUCAUGUUGAAAACACACAAAGAACCAAAAAGAAAACAGAAAGUGAGAACCCACACGAGGGCAAACAUGACAACAAAACGGAAAACACGGUGACGAGAAAACAAGAAGGCGAACAAACAACACUACAAACAUGACAACAAAAUAAACACCAUGAAGAAAACCAAAAACAUGAUGACCGCAUGACGAAAAACCCAGACACAAAGAAAACCAAAAACAAAAUAAAAAAAUUUUUAAAAAUCCGAGGAAUAACACAUAACAAAACUGAAAAAUAACGACAGCAAACUUAAAAAAUGAAACAAAAUGGAAAACACAAAAAUAAAAUGGAAAACAAUCUUAAACACAACGAAAGUAAAAAAUAUAGCAAACUUAAUCAUGACAAAAAACAAACAUGCAAUAAGCUCUCUCUCUCUCUCUCUCUCUCUCUCUCGUUCUCUCUUUGUCUUGCUCUCUCUUUUUCUGUCUCUCUCUCUCUUGUUCUCUCUUUCUGUCUCUCUCUCUCUCUGUCUUGCUCUCUUUCUCUCUCUCUCUCAUUCUUUGUCUCUCUCUCUCUCUCUCGUUCUCUUUUUCUCUCUCUGUCUCUCUCUCUCUCUCUCUCUCUCUCAUUCUCUUUCUGUCAUUCUCUGUCUUGCUCUCUCCGUCUCUCUCUCUCCGUCUCUCUCUCUCGUUCUCUUUGUCAUUCUCUGUCUUGCUCUCUCUCUCGUUCUCUUUUUCUCUCUGUCUCUGUCUCUGUCUCUCUCUCUCUCCCUCUCUCUCUCUCUCUCUCUCUCUCAUUAGCAGUCUGGAGGAUAUGGUGUCUCGAGUGUUUUACAUCAUUACAGUUUAUCGAUAUGUUUAUUAUUGAUUGUUUAAUCAUUUGUUAAUAGUGUUUCUUCUGUUCAGUGUUUGGUUGCUGAUCUGCUGUCUGUUUUUUUUACUCGUUUGUUUCUUUGGCAUCAAAUAAAUAAGAAGAACAAACAGUCUGCUUUUGUUUUGUUGGGGGGGGUUGAGACUUUUUUUUAUUACUUUGUUUUUGUGUAUAUAGUAAAAAUGAAAGUUGUGGAAGUUCACCUCGUGGUGGUUUUAUGCUCAUUUUUAUUCCAACAACACUGACAUGAGUCCAUGAUGCAACUCCAGUUCCAGUAUAUCAAUAAAACUGGGAAUAAAAACUGA